AUGUCCGCAGGAAUGGACGAUGUCGCUUUUGCGACAGAGUUGGAGCGCCACCAUCGAAGAUUAUAUCCUUUCAAACCAGUAGUAGUUUUUUCAGCAGUUCAUCAACAACCAAAUGGUAUUGAUUGUGGUAUAUUUGCAAUAGCAAUUGCAACAUGUUUAAAUUUUAAUUUGAUACCGAAUACCCUUGAUUUCAUUCAUAGUGAAAUGAGACAGCAUUUAGGUUUAAUGUUUAAAAAUAAUCACCUAACUCCUUUUCCGGCAAUAAGAACAUGUAGCAUUAGGAACUCAAUUGUUGAGUGUGAUUGGCAAUGUCUUUUUAAAAAUCGAGCUAAUGAAUUACGGUGUGAAAAAUCAAAAUCUUCCUAUCAGUCUAACGACGUCACUCCAAAUAAUGUGAACAAUAUUUCAUCAACUGACCAUUUAGUGAUCAAAAGUGCCCUGUGUAAAGAAAAUGAGAAAAAAAAUCUUCGUUCUAUAAAAGAUAAAGAGAGAAAAAGGAAAGCAAGACUUGAAGAAUCGAAGGAACAAAAAGAAAACAGACAAGAGAAGGAUAAACAGAAUAAACGCAAAUAUCGAGAAACGAAAGUUGAAAAUAAAGAUGAGGCCAAAGAAAAAGAUGUAAUACAAAUUGACAAGAAAGAGCGCCAAGAAAAAAAUUUAAGAAGUAAGAACAAUAAGAAAAAUAGUAUUAGAUUAGAAACAUUAGGAGCUGGAAUUGUGUCUUUCGAAAAUUUCGAUGAAAAUCAAGUACCAAAAAAUUAUUUAGGUUUGAUGAAUGUUGAGUGUAAGUUUUGCGGUUCGUUAAAUUUUAUGUGUGAAAAACCGUCAGAUGGUAAGUUUAGUAAUUGUUGUCAUAAGGGGAAAAUAAAAUUGAAUGCCUUAACUCCCUAUCCCGAUGAAUUAAUGAAAAUUUUAUGCGACUCCAGCUCUGAAGGUAAAAAUUAUAGAGAAAAUAUUCGAAUGUAUAACAGUGCAUUUGCUUUUGCCAGUAUGGGAGCUCAACUGGAAAUUCCAAAAGGAAAUGGGCCUUAUGUUUUUCGCAUACAUGGACAAGUAUAUCACAAUCCAUACGCUUUGCAUCCAAAUGAUGAUGAGAGACGUAAAUAUGGUCAGUUAUACAUAAUUGAUUCAAGUGAAGCUGUAGAGGAAAGACUAAACAAUAAAUUCAAUAGUAAAUUAUUACCGAAAUUAUUGAAUGAAAUAGAUACAUUACUACGAAAAAUUAAUCCAUUUGCUGAAGCAUUUAAAAAAAUGCGUGACUUUGAGAUUAAAGAAGAAAAACUAGCUGAGUCCUUAAAGCAGCCGAUGAGAAAUAUUGAAAUGUGGAUUAAACGGGACAGAUCAUUAAAUCAGAAAACAUUCAAUGUUCCGCAUUGUAAUGAAGUGGCAUUAAUAUUUGUUAGUGAAGAUGGUGAACCUCCAAUGGAGCGAGAUAUAUGUAUACACCCAAAAAAUUCAAAAAGCAUUCCAAUAUCCAGUCUUAGUGCAAAUGUUGAUCCUAUGACGUAUCCUUUGAUAUUUCCUCAUGGUGAUCCUGGAUGGACUGUAAACCUCAAGAAUACUCAAGGUUCUCGUAAUAUUACUGCCUUACAGUAUUAUAUGUUUCGCCUUGCAUAUAGAAAAGGUUUUAAUAUAUUUUUAAGAUCAGGAAAAUUAACUCAACAAUUUAUUGUAGAUAUCUGGUCAAAAGUAGAAGGUGAGCGAUUAAAGUAUAUUCGUUUACAGCAAAAAAAGCUUCGAGCGGAAUUGUACUGUGGAUUAAUGGAUUAUAUAAACAAUAAAGCAAAAGAAGAAAACCUUCGACCAGGAAAAAUGAUUAUUUUACCUUCAUCAUUUACUGGAGGACCACGUUCUUAUCAACAAUCGUUUAUGGAUUCUAUGCGAUUAGUUCAAGAAUUCGGAAAGCCAGACUUGUUUAUUACUAUGACAUGUAAUCCAAAAUGGCGUGAAAUUACAGAAAAUUUGGUAGGUAAUGAAAUCGCUUCUGAUCGACCUGAUCUUGUAGCUAGAGUUUUUCAACAAAAGUUUCAAGUUCAUGGGCCUUGUGGAAAACAAAAUAUGAAUUCUCCUUGCAUGGAUCCUGAGAAGAAAGUUUGUACAAAACAUUAUCCAAAGCCAUUUUGUUCAGAAACUAAUUUUGAUUCUAAGAAUUAUCCGGAAUGCAGGCGAAGAAAUGAUGGAAAGAAAAUAAUUUUUUAUAAUAAAGAUGGUUCAGUUAAAUGCACUGCAGAUAAUUCGAUGAUUGUACCAUACAAUCCAUAUUUAAGUGUAAAAUUUGAAUGUCAUAUUUGUCCAGUACCAUGUGGUAGUACAGGUGGGUUUAAAUAUUUAUUUAAAUAUUGCUUCAAAGGUCACGAUUGUGCAAUAAUAUGUUAUAUGGAUAGUAAUCAAGAAAUGCAAUAUGAUGAAAUUCAACAUUACUUAAAUACACGUUAUGUAUGUCCUCCAGAAGCUAUGCACAGAUUAUAUGAAUUUAAAAUGCAUGAACAAUCACAUGCAACUAAGAGAUUAGCUGUACAUUUACCUAAUCAACAAUCAAUAUGCUUUAAGGAAGGAUUAGAAGAAGACGCAUUUAAAAAUUUUAAAGAUACGACAUUAACAGCAUGGUUCAAGUUAAACAGAGAAGAUGUAGAGGCGCGUAAGUAUUUGUAUUCAGAUAUUCCACAUGAGUAUGUAUUUGAUGACCCGACGAAAAGUUGGAAGAAAAGAUCGAAAAUUAAUAAACCUAUAAUUUGUCGUAUGUAUUUCGUAAGUCCAAAAGAUAUUGAAAGGUAUUUUUUGAGAGUUUUAUUACUUUAUGUACGUGGUGCAAAAUCGUUUGAAGAUGUAAGAACAUAUGAAGGUAUUAUAUAUAAUACUUUUGCAGAAGCAGCACGUGCAAGAAAUUUAAUGAUAGAUGAUAAUGAAUGGGAUAAUUGUUUAAAUGAAGCUGUAAGCAUGAAAUUUCCUAAAGAACUUUGUCGUCUAUUUGCUUACAUAUGUGUAUUUGGAAUACCUGUAAAUGCAGUUGAUUUGUGGAAUAAUUAUAAAGAACACAUGAUAUAUGAUAAUAAAUUACCUGCAGAAGUAUCAAUUCAAAAAUCUUUAAUUUUAAUUAAUGAAGUACUUAAUUAUCACGGUUAUGCAUUACAUCAAUUUGGUUUGCCAAAUAUUGAACAAAAAGUUCUAGAAGAUUAUAAUGCUUUAAUAGAGAAAGAAAAUAAUGCGUUAGCAUUACAACUGCUUAAAGAAGAAGCUGAAAUUUUGAUUAAAAGUUUGACUAAUGAACAGCGCAAUGUUUUCAAUGAGGUUAUGAUGGCAAUACAUGAUGAUAAUUAUAAUAGUAGAUAUAUUUUUCUUGAUGGAUGUGGUGGUAGUGGUAAAAGUUAUUUACAUAAUACAAUUAUUACUACUGUUGAAAGUGAAGAAUUGGUAGUUUUAUCAGUUGCAUGGACGGGUAUAGCAGCUAAUCUUCUAAAAGGUGGACGAACGGCACAUUCUCUUUUUAAAUUUCCUAUCCCUAUCAAUGAAGAUUCAACAUGUAAUAUAAGUGGGAUGUCAAAACAUGCUGAACUUUUAAGAAGUGCAAAAAUUAUUAUUUGGGAUGAAAUAACAAUGGCACCUAAAUACGCCUUACAAGCAAUGGAAUCUAUGUUGAGAGAUAUUACAAAAUGUAAUAAACCGUUUGGAGGUAAAGUAAUUUUGCUUUCAGGAGAUUUCAGACAAACUUUGCCAAUUGUUCCACAUGGCAGUCGCACUCACAUUGUUGAGAUAGAGUUUUCAAAUUGGUUGUUAAAUGUUGGUAACGGUAAAUUUCAAACUGCUUUCGAAAGAGAAAAUAAUGUUUUAGAAAUUCCACAGGAAUUAGUAUCCAAAGGAAAUUUAAUUGAUGAAAUAUAUGGAUCAUCACUAAGUCCAAAUAAUAAUUCGGUUUACUCUUCUUGCAUUCUUUCAUUAACUAAUUCUGAAGUACUAGAUAUGAAUGAACGCAUUUUAUCAAAAUUAGAAGGAGAAGAAGUAGUAUAUUACAGUAUUGAUUCACAUGUCGAGGAUGAUCCAAAAGAUAUUAAUACUAUCGUUCCAAUUGAAUUUUUAAAUAGUCUAACACCAGACGGUUUACCAACACACAAAUUAACAAUGAAGAUAGGCUGUAUAAUUAUGUUAUUAAGAAAUAUGAAUCUGGUGCAAGGAUUAUGUAAUGGAACGCGAUUAAUUGUAAAAUCUUUACUCAAACACGUAAUUUCUGCAGAAAUAAUUACAGGAAAAUUUAAAGGCGAAAUUGUUUUUAUUCCUCGUAUAGAUUUAUCUCCUCCACAAGAUACAUAUCCUUUUAAGAUGCAUUUGGGCACGGUCAAAUUUAUGUUGGUUGUUCUCGAGUCAAAUCUAAGGAACAUCUAA